CUUUACCAUACACAACUCGGACGAAAAACUAUUGAUCCGGUGUCAAGUAAUGUUUCCUAGUGUUCAUUAACACAUUACAGUCGUUUUAGAGCAUCUCCCUUGAGUGUGUGCUCUUGUUAUGAGAUUCAGUAGAAUAAUGAAAAAAAAAACGAAAAGCUAGGCUCUUGCACUUGCUGCUAGCGCUCUUUCCUCUUCCCUUGGUUCAAACAAAUAAAUAUCCUCCAUAUUAAGUAUGAUAUCCACGUUCUGGCGCGUGCCUACCAUAGAUUUGCGUAGUAGUACAAAAUGACAUCCGCGUAUGAGUCGGCUUUAGGAUGGAGGUUUUACCACAAUUUUUUAGGACCCGGAAUCGAAGAACUUUCGAUAUGCUUGAAUAACCUAAAUCAUAGGAGCACUAAAAUCUACAGUCGCUACCAUCGAUCGCAAAAGCCUAAGUUCGGAAAGUCGACCGGUACUGACACGAUACCAAAACUUAUGAGGUAGUACCUCGCUGACGCCUGGUGCGCUUGCAAACCUGGAGACACAAGUUUAGCCCCCGAUUCUAUUUGGUUGUCAUAAUCAAGAAUAGACUUACAACAUUGAUUGAUGCUAAGGCUCGUUUUGUUCUUUCUUAUAACAAUGGACUACAUUUUCAUUUCAGGACAAGCGAGGUCUUACAGCCCAGCACAUUACUG